CAGCGGCGCUUCCGGGCAUCGCGCGACUCGAGCAUCCGCGGCUCAACGCCGCACGGACUCAGUUCACGUGAACUCACACUGAUCCGCCUCUGUCACUGUCAGUGUGUUAGGGAUUCAUAAAGGAUGUUGGUGUGUUUGGAAAGCUGAUCUGAGGAUCUGCUCUGUUUCCAGGGUGAUGAGCCGUGUGCUUUGAAAACAUCGAAUAUUAUGGGCUGUGCUUGCUGUAAGCAGAGGAAGGCCAGUAAAGCUGUGUCGAAUCCCAACUCGUGUGACACAGGCAAUGGGAUCCAGUCAUUAGAGCCCUCCCGAUACAUCCCCGAUCCGACUUUUAACCCAUCAACGGGGUUGAUCCCGAACUUUAAUGAUUUUUCAAACCCAAUGCCUGCUCCCUUGUCCCGCCCAGCUGCCAUCACAGGAGGAGGAGUAACGCUCUUUAUAGCCCUCUAUGACUAUGAUGCCCGUACAGAGGAUGAUCUGAGUUUCCAGAAAGGAGAAAAGUUCCAUAUUAUCAACAACACCGAGGGUGACUGGUGGGAGGCUCGUUCACUGGACACAGGGAAGUCUGGGUACAUUCCCAGUAAUUAUGUGGCCCCUGUGGACUCCAUACAAGCUGAGGAGUGGUAUUUUGGGAAGAUGGGCCGGAAAGAUGCCGAACGACAGUUGUUGGCACAAACUAACCCUAGAGGGACAUUCCUAAUACGUGAGAGCGAGACAACGAAAGGAGCAUACUCUUUGUCUAUCAGAGACUGGGAUGACGCGAAGGGCGAACAUGUCAAGCACUAUAAGAUUAGGAAGCUCGACAAUGGCGGUUAUUACAUCACAACAAGGACACAGUUUGAUACCGUCCAGCAGCUGGUGGAGCAUUAUACAGAGCGUGCAGCAGGGCUGUGCUGCCGUUUGAUUGGCAGCUGUAGGCGGGGCAUGCCUAAACUGGCUGACCUGUCAGUGAAGACUAAGGAUGUUUGGGAGAUUCCCAGGGAGUCACUUCAGCUCAUUAAGAAACUGGGCAAUGGCCAGUUUGGUGAAGUGUGGAUGGGCAUGUGGAAUGGCACAACUAAAGUUGCAGUGAAAACCCUGAAGCCAGGCACCAUGUCUCCGGAGGCCUUCCUGGACGAGGCCCAGAUCAUGAAGAGGCUCCGGCAUGAUAAACUGGUACAGCUGUAUGCGGUGGUGUCUGAGGAGCCCAUCUACAUCAUCACAGAGUUCAUGAGUCAAGGAAGCUUGUUGGACUUUUUGAAAGAUGGAGAUGGCAAAAAUUUAAAAUUGCCUCAACUCGUGGACAUGGCAGCCCAGAUCGCUGGGGGCAUGGCGUAUAUUGAGCGGAUGAACUACAUCCACAGAGACCUGAGAGCUGCCAAUAUCCUGGUUGGAGAGGGUCUGGUCUGUAAGAUUGCAGAUUUUGGACUGGCUAGACUCAUUGAGGACAAUGAGUACACCGCUAGACAAGGAGCAAAGUUUCCGAUAAAGUGGACCGCCCCAGAGGCUGCUCUGUAUGGGAAAUUUACCAUCAAAUCAGAUGUGUGGUCUUUUGGCAUCCUGCUGACGGAGCUCAUCACCAAGGGCCGAGUGCCUUACCCAGGGAUGAACAACAGAGAGGUGCUGGAGCAGGUGGAGCGUGGGUAUCGCAUGCCGAGUCCGCAGGGCUGCCCGGCUUCACUGCACGAGCUGAUGGUCCAGUGCUGGAGGAAGGACCCGGACGAGAGACACACCUUUGAGUACCUGCAGGGCUUCCUGGAGGACUACUUUACUGCUACUGAACCCCAAUACCAGCCUGGAGAGAACCUGUGAUAGCAUUAGCUCAAUAUAUUCUUCAGGAAAGAUGCGAUUGCCUUUCUAACUUUCUAUCACAAUACCUCCAAAAACUGCGGCACUGUUGCACGGCACCUCAAUCACAGGCUCUGAACAUGCAAUCUCUCAUCUUGUGGUGUAGCGUGAGAGCUCAAACUAAAAAUGCUUUCCAAGAUCUCAAACAGCAAGAUGGGUCACUUUUUUUAAAGUAAUAACAAUGGGCAAUGCUAAUGUCGGGUCUUCUUUAACUUUAACCCCUGGUUUCACAGACAAGGCCUAAGCCUAGACUAAAAUACAUGUUUGAGGUGUUUUGACCGAAAGCAUAUCUUAAAACAUAUCAGUGCCAUUGUGUUUUGUCUCAAAGAUGCACACCAGUAAUGUUUUUUUUCUGAGGCACGUUUAUAAAUGUCUUCAUUGAACUAAUGCCUAAUCCUGGCUUAAUCUAAACCCUGUCUGUGAAACCAGGCUUAUGAAUAUGACAGCACAUAUUAAUACAGCUUAUUACAUAUCUUUGAUUAGGCAAUAGCAAUCAUAUUUAAUCAUGUAAUACCUACCUGUUUCACUAUAUCCAGCCCUGUAUUUGAAUGCUCUGUCUCUUAUAGACUAUUCAAGUCAUUUCUAGUGAGUUAAUCUGUCCGACAGAAG